AUGUACAUCUCAAGUUUGGAUCUGAAAGAUGCAUAUUGGCAGAUUCCUUUAGAUAUAAAUUCUCGAGAUAAAACUGCCUUUACAAUUCCGGGAAAGCCAUUGUACCAAUAUAAGGUGAUGCCAUUCGGACUAACUAACGCAUCCCAAACAAUGACCCGGUUGAUGGAUAAGGUAAUCCCGCCCGAACUUAGAAACGAAGUUUUCGUCUAUUUAGAUGAUCUUUUGGUGGUCUCAGAUACUUUCGAAACUCAUAUGAAGGUAUUAGACGCAGUGGCUGAUCAAAUAAAAGCAGCAGGAUUAACACUCAAUGUAGAAAAAAGAAAAUUCUGCAUGCGAUCAGUAAAGUAUUUAGGACAUAUCGUAGGUGAAGGUAUUAUCCGUACUGAUCCGGAGAAAAUUUCGGCCAUGGCAGACUUUCCACUACCCAAAAGUUUAAGAUCUCUUCGAAGUUUCCUGGGCAUGGUGGGAUGGUAUCGUAAAUUUAUCAGCAAUUUUGCCUCGGUGGCCGCUCCGCUUACGGAUCUGUUGAAGCCAGGAAAAAAAUUUCAAAUGACUCCAGAAGGCGAGAAGGUGUUUGUUUCGUUGAAGGAAAUGCUAUGUUCUGCCCCAGUCCUGCGAAGCCCUGAUUUUACAAGGCCUUUCUAUGUCCAAUGCGAUGCAAGCAAGUCAGGAGUUGGAGGGGUACUGGUGCAGAAGUUGGCCUCGCUGGGCUUUGAAACUCAAGGAUUCAAUUUCAAGAUCGAGCAUAGAAGUGGGAAGAUGAAUGUCGUAUCGGAUGCCCUAUCCAGAGUAAAUGAAGAAGAGACAGCCGCUAUAGAUGCGAUGCAGGGUUUAUUAAUUCCCAGGAAUUCAAGUCAGAAAAAUAUGUGGAACUGGCUGAGCGGCGGUAGUAUAGGUAUCUUUAUAGUUCUGGAUCAUUAUUCCAAGUUUGUGUUCCUUAAAGCUGUGAAGAAACUUACGGCGGAUGUUGUUAUCAAGUAUCUGCAACAGGAUUUGUUCCACACCUUUGGCGUGCCAGAGAUCCUUGUUUCUGACAAUGGCUCGCAGUUCAUGGCUGAAGCUUUUCAGAAAUUGUUAAGGGAACAUUCAAUUUCCCACACUUUGACUGCCGCCUAUUCGCCCCAGGCAAAUGCUUCGGAAAGAGUUAACCGUUCGGUUAUAGCAGCGAUACGUUCCUAUGUCAGGGCAGAUCAGAAGGAUUGGGACGAGCAUCUCAGUAGCAUUUGCUGCGCUCUCCAAACAGCAGUUCAUUCUGCAACAGGUACCAGUCCAUAUUAUAUGACGUUCGGGCAGAAUUUCGUAUCGUCUGGAGCAUUAUACAAGUUGCUGAGGACCUUGGGACUCCUGGAGGACAGAUCAGCAGUUUUCUCUCGGGAAGAUUCGUUAGAAUUGAUCCGGAAGUCUGCUUGCGAUGUCUUAAAAAGGCAAAAGGAAAAAAAUGAGCGACAAUAUAAUCUGCGAUCCAGAGAGGUAGCCUAUCAGGAAGGGCAGGAAGUUUUCUUCAAGAAUUUCCGGCAGAGAAAUUUAGCAUCUGGGUAUAGUAGCAAACUGGGUCCAGCGUAUUUGAAAGCCAGAGUCCGAAAAAAAUUGGGUAAUUCCUGCUACGAAUUGAAGGACUUGCAGGGCCGCAUUCUUGGGCGAUUCCAUGCCAAAGAUAUGAAGCAAUAA